GGCCUCCUCUCGUUUGUAAACUUUCUUAUGUUCUAAUCACGUGAGCACCCUGCUGCAGCUGUCCUGUCACCUGGAAGCGGAAACAGCUGGGCGGUUUGGGUAACUUCACAAGCAGUCUGGAAGUCGCAAAUGAGUCGGUUUAAUCAAGUCAUGUUUAAUAUUUAAUGUGCGUGUCGGCAAUGGCGUGGAAGCGAAAGGAAUGAGAAUACCGUCAAGUUACUAAAGAUACAAAGAGAAAAGAAAACAAGAGUGAGAUGAUAGAUGAGAGAGAGAGAGAGAUUCACUCCUAAUACUACCGGAGAACCAAACCGUGCAGGGUCCCAGCACAGUAAGGUGGACAGAGAGUGGAGUGAGGCCCAUGGAGAAGAGUGGCCCAUACAUCAUGCCCAAACCUGCCCCCAUUCACCUCAAACUGCAGAAGCACAGAGAGCAGGCUAGGAAUGCGCUAAAGAAGAAAGGAAUGCUAGGAGGACCAGUCGUCCAGCAGCCGAAACUGGGAGCAAAGAGGAGUGUGAAGUUCAAUAAGGGGUACUCUGCUUUGAGUCAGAAUGCUGAGGACACGCUUGUAUCCCUGGAUUCAGACAGUGAAGUUGAGCUAGAGCCUCAACACUCCUCCGGAUACUCCUCUGCAGAGGACCUGAACCGGCAGCUUCUGCAGGACGGCUACCACCUGGAUGAGAUUCCUGACGACGAGGACUUGGACCUGAUUCCACCCAAAGCCGUGGUAUCCCCCUCGUGUGUGUGCUGCUGUGAUGAGACCCCCUCCUGCUCUAUUCAGUGACUCUGACUGGAGGCAGGGGGCAUCUCGGACACUUUGCACUGUGGGAGAGUCUCUUAAGAGUUUAGAACAAACCAAAUACCCAUCCAACACCUUUUUCAAAUAUACACUGCUCCCUGUUCUAAUGUGGCACUUUGUAGCACGAAAUCGGUUAUAAAGCAGCAUGGUCCUGCUCCCAUUUGCCCUGUAAUGCCAGUACAGGAGCACUUUCUGCCCGUUACAAUGCGGAACACAAACAGUCUUGUAACAAUGGCUCCCCACUACAGCAUUCUAAAGGCAGAACAGUACAAUAAACCUUGCUUUGAUAAUCAUUAUUCAAGUACCCAUGGCAUUAAAACAAACAGAAAGCAUGGUCAAACCUCAGUAAACUGCCUGUCACAUCCUUCUGGAGUAUUCAAAUAAUAACCAUACUGAUCAUGACACUAAAACCAAAGCAGCGUGGCUGUAAGGGGACGCUGUGAUUUGAAUACGCCGCAAGGAAAAGCAGACAGCCCAGUUUACAGGUUUCAUUCCGCAUUUAGUCCAUAAGUAAUAAAUAUCCUUCCGAAACAAAAUCCUUCCGUUAUGUUAAAAGCGGUAUUACCAGGAGACAGUUGUUGAAUGACAUUGUUCUAAACACUAAGCAGUGUUCGGUUAAUGCUUUAACCCUCUUUAAUAACUGCACCUAUUCAUUUAAUGCAAGGGGUUCUUCAGCCCCAGAGUACAGGGCUAUGGCGCGAGUACAAUAGAAAAGCUGUGCUUUACAUCUCCACUGGUCUUCAGCUGCUUUCAGUCAUUCUGCAACACUACACGCAGCGUUGUGCCCCUUUUAGUAUGAUCAGCUGGCAGUGGUUCUGUAACUGGAGUUAUACCAACAAACUGCUGGUCAGAAUCCUCUUUCAUUGCAUGUUCUCUUUUGAGGGAGCGCUUGGACUUAACUAAAACAUUGUAAAUCAUCUAGAAAAUCGAAUGAUUCUCACACAUGCACUAAGUUGGUAAGUGAUGUCACAGUAGAACCUUUGAACAUUUUAUUAGUCUUCUACAUAAAGUUGUGUUGCCACCGAUGGGGCGGGGAGUUGUGGUGGUGUCUUUCUGUAGCUGAGUUUUUUUUUUUAUUGUGUUGAUAACCAAGGACGGUAUUCAGUAUGAGCUCCUAUCAUUAGUAUCCUAUCUUAAGUAGCAUUACCAAAAGCUCUAAGGAGCUCUACUAAGGUUAGUAGCUCAUACAGCACAUGGCCCUAAGGCUUUAAAAACAUUUGAUUGCAUCCUAGCAUAACCGCAUUCUCCCCUUAAUAUUCUGUUGUUGAUCUAGAAUGUGUUUCCUCUUUGACUCUGGUAAAGCCAGUUAUCCUUCCACAAUGCCAAUGUUGGCCCUUCAUCUCGCCUGUUUACUGCGUAUGUUAUAAGUAAUAGAAACUCGGUGUCCCUUGCAUAGUUUCCUUUGUGUACUGUAGCCAUAGAGCUUAUGAGGAUCAAGAGGAGUCCUAUUACCUGAACCGUAUACAUUUGGACUGUCAUUCUUUCUUCUCUGGUAGAUCAGAGAACGUCAGAAUAAAGGGUUUUACCUGAGAGAAAAUAAAGACAGAAAAGCAAAUGGAUGAACCGCAGAAUGAUGUUGAUGUUGUAAAUCCUGGGUCUUGUUUACUCAUAUUGUCUACCUUGAAACUGUGGCUGCAUUCUGCACAUACAGCACCCUUGUUUAUUGAAAUACCAGACUAUUUCAGGAGGUGAGGGUACAUUUGUGUUACUGAAAUUGAAAUAAAAUACUAAAUACUAACUUUAAUUCUAAUUCUAGCCAGGCAUAUACCUAAAUACCUAUUGGUAAAUGAGAACUGCUAAAUGGAGUUUAGCAAUCCAGGGUUAACAGUGGAUUGAUUGUAGAGAAGUAUCCUAAACUGUAUUUUCUGUUUGCGUAAGCCAUUUACUGCAAGUGGGAUUACUGUAGUGGAUAAAGUCCUGUGGCUUCAUUAAGUUUGACCACAUGACAGAGUUAGUGAGAAUUGCAAUGCUUGAGAAGACUGGAGUCCAGAGCCCAGGUCCCAUUUCCCUCUCUCAAACCCGUACUGUGAUAUCCAUUGAUUAAACCUGGACUCCAGGUCAUUCAAUACUCGAUCCUCAAACCAGAAAGGAUCCAUAUCCCUUAUGUGCAAAAUAAGCUGGCAAUUCAGCCCCUGAGCUGGCAGGAGACCAGUGACUCACUGCAGGCAAUAUACAGAUAGAGUACAGUUACAGGGAUGAACAUUGUCAGCUUUGUAUCUGAUUUUAAAUCAGUUUCUGUGUAACGGACACCUAUCAUUUAAGAGCUGUUUUAUCAACUGAUACAAAAACCCCAUACACUAUAUUACAGGCAGUGCUGCACAAGGUUUUGAAAUCGGUUUGGUAUUUCCCUAGAAGAACAUUUUAUGCACUGAAAUACUGUAUAUUGUAAACUAUAGUUUCUGGACCAUAUUAUAGUAUGGUAUCUUAAAUAAUUAUAUAUAUAUCCUGCAAUAUAUACUGUUUUUCAGUAUGUGUUUAAAAAGGCUUGUUGAAGAACUAGUAUUGCUGAACUUUCCUUAGCAGCGUCAAUCCAGUAUCUGUCAAUAACAGAGGUAUAUUUUAUGACGUAAACAGCGGUGACUCUUGGGCGUUUAUGUAUUAUUUUUAUUAUUAUUUUUUGUGAAUUUAAGCGAAUCGCCCCUGGUGGUAAACACCAGCAGUGUUAAUAUCUGUUCAAGAGCAGCUGUGUCCACAUUAUUUAAAUAACCCCACUGUUUCUGAAUUGGUUUUAGUAUCAGUAUUUUAGAGCCAAAAAUAAUUCUGAAUGAAAUUCCAGAAUCAAGUAACUAUUGGAGUCAUUUGACCCUGGGUUUCAAGACCCAGUCUGGCAGGUUAAAGGAGUGUGAGUCUGCUUUUACAACCCCGCCGCAUCGUCAUCUAACAAUGUGACCCAGUAACUCUCUCAACAAUUCCACAUCCCCUUUCUGUGCUUACUGUAUUCAGAUGUGUAUUUAAAUAGUGUCUUAUUCCUUCUAUCUCAUUUCUUCAUGUUCUCUCGGGUCACAUGGUGUGAUUGCAGUUGGAUCAUUUGAGUGACCAAUAUCACAGGGAGUGGGCACAAGGAUGAAACACUCAUAUUUCAUGUGAUGAGUAACAUAAUCCAGGAAUGAACUAAAGAUCUGCAUCACGUGCAAGUAAGAGCUUAUAAAAUAGAUUUUGGUCAGCGUUUCUUUGAAUGAGCAUGUUACACAUUCAAUGCUUUUUGCAAUUUCAUGUUUGCACAUGUAUAUUUACUCUUGUCAUUUUAAAUAUUGAAGGACAUUGUCAGAAAAGGGGUAAAAUUCAGAAUUUUUUUUUUAAAAGUAAAUGAUUUCCAUUACACGAGAGUAGAUGUUAAAACUUCAUGCUGAUUUGAACUCGGCUCUCGCCAAGAUAAGCACCAACUAAGACGUAGCUUUACAGUAAACUAAUGUGAUCCAUAUGUGUCUCCAUCCAUUUACGUUUCCUUCCAUAUGAUGAUGUAGAUAUCCUAACUAAAAUGAACCGUCUCUGUUACACAGAAUGAAGAAGUAUGUGGACUGCAACAUGGUAGGUUAUCCCAGGUCAGGUUAUAUUUUCUAUUAGAAGGAGGCUCAUUGAGAAAGUGACUGGCAUAUUCACUGUUCAAUCACAGAUCUCUUCUCGCUACAGUCUCAGGCUACGAUUUAUAGUUCAGGGUCAUAUGUUAAAAGGUCAUGUUUGUAAAAUAUAUGAAUUUAUAAAAAUGUUUACAUCAUUUCUAAAGCUAAAUUUGUUACAAUUUAACACUAGGAUGGUGAAUUAUUGGUCCCAGUACAACAAAUCAGAACUAUUACUCCUCUCGCUAAUUUACCAGUGUUGAAAAAACUAUAAGAAGUUACUAAGCAUUGCUAUGGCAGCACCAUACAUGUGGUAUAUCCAAGAUGAAAAGGGUUGAGUUAUGUUGCCUCAAAAUCAUUUUGAUUGUGUUUGCUCUAGCGCCAGCAGGAUUUCAGUGUGUCUCGCAAUAUCGUGAAAGCUCCAGAUUGCCUGUAGUUUCUUCUAUUUUUUUCGAGAUGUUCGAAUGAAGUGUCUGAUAUGCCGUGUUGUAAAUCCAUACAGAGACUGUUGUUAUCGUACGAUCUGGAGCCACAGAUUGGUUCUGUGGGUCCACUAAUACCUGUUCAAGCCCCCAGGUAUUCUGUGGAUAUGUACUAAUGUUGCUCAAAAUUGCUUUCUACAUUCCAUCAGGUGAUGGAAGAAAUUGAGGGAUCUGCAAUAUAUGAAGUUGUGUAUGUGUGUGUGUGAGAGGCUCCAGCUGUUUUCUGUCUGUCUCUAAUUGGUGUGUAGGGUUUGAUUUUCUGUUUGUUGAACGUAUAUUUUUGUAUUGUUCUUUAUACAAAUCAUGUAUAUCUAUUGUAUUUUACAAACAGUGCAGUCUGUAGCUGCUUUACCUGCACUUUGUACUAUGCAACUGACCUGACAAUCUUGUCUAUAAACUCUUUUCUAGUAUAAGACCCCCUAAAUGUUUGAGUGAUGAAUGCAAUAAUGAGAUUUGUCCUUUAUAGUUAAGUUUAAGAAACUUGAAUCUUUGUAUUUAACAGAUUCAUUUUGUGUUGCUGUUUAUAAAUAAAGCAUAUUAUGUUA